AUGGGCGGGGAGCUGGUGCCGGGCCUGGGGGCCCUGCGGCGGCGAAAGCGCCUGCUGGAGCAGGAGAAGAGUCUGGCCGGCUGGACGCUGGCACUGGCAGGAACUGGCAUUGGGCUCAUGGUCCUGCAUGCGGAGAUGCUGUGGUUCGGGGGGUGCCCGUGGGUGCUCUACCUGUUCCUGGUUAAAUGCUUGAUCAGCAUUUCCACGUUCCUGCUCCUCUCCCUUAUCGUGGCCUUUCACGCCAAAGAGGUCCAGCUGUUCAUGACGGACAACGGGCUCAGGGACUGGCGCGUGGCGCUGACCGGGCGGCAGGUGGCGCAGAUCGUGCUGGAGCUGGUGGUGUGCGGGCUGCACCCGCCGCCGGUGCCGGGCCCGCCGUGCGUGCUGAGCUCCGGGUUCCCGAAGACCGCGGCCACGCAGUCCUGGCCCAGCUUCCUGGACCAGGGGGAGGCGCUGCUGUCGCUGGCCAUGCUGCUGCGCCUGUACCUGGUGCCCCGCGCCCUGCUCCUGCGCAGCGGCGUGCUGCUCAACGCCUCCUACCGCAGCAUCGGCGCGCUCAACCAGGUCCGCUUCCGCCACUGGUUCGUGGCCAAGCUGUACAUGAACACGCACCCCGGCCGCCUGCUGCUCUGCCUCACGCUUGGCCUCUGGCUCACCACCGCCUGGGUGCUGUCGGUAGCCGAGAGGCAGGCCGUGAAUGCCACCGGGCACCUUUCGGACACACUGUGGCUGAUCCCCAUCACAUUCCUGACCAUUGGCUACGGUGAUGUGGUGCCAGGCACCAUUUGGGGCAAGAUCGUCUGCCUCUGCACUGGGGUCAUGGGGGUCUGCUGCACAGCCCUGCUGGUGGCCGUGGUGGCCCGGAAGCUGGAGUUUAAUAAGGCGGAGAAACACGUGCACAACUUCAUGAUGGACAUUCAGUAUGCCAAAGAGAUGAGGGAGUCGGCUGCCCGAGUGCUGCAGGAGUCGUGGAUGUUGUACAAACAUACACGCAGGAAGGAGUCUGGAGCCGCCCGCAAGCACCAGCGCCGGCUGCUGGCCGCCAUCAACCAGUUCCGCCAGGUGCGGCUGAAACACAGAAAGCUCCGGGAGCAAGUGAACUCUAUGGUGGACAUCUCCAAGAUGCACAUGAUCCUGUGUGACCUGCAGCUCCGUCUGAGCAGCUCUCACCAGGCCCUGGAGAAGCAGAUUGAUGCGCUAGCAGGGAGGCUGGACACCCUGAGCGAGCUGCUCAGUGCUGCGCUGAGGCCGCGGCAGCUUCCAGAACCAAGCCAGGAGGCCACGUAGCUGGACCCAUCGAGGAAGAACCAGGCUACCCUUCCCCAGGAUUGAGGUCAAGGACAUUCUCUCUGCUACUCCUGACCCAGCCACACAUAUAAAGACCCCCCUCAGUGUGAGGACUGCUGGGGGCCCCGCCUUGGAUGGUGAAUGCUGAAGGAUGCCGGAGGGGAUGCUGGAUUAAGGAGGGAGGCCGUGGCCCACCCCCCACCAAGGCCCCAGAUGGGAAAACGGUCCCCCCUGCCCCACAUACCCUCGACAAAAACAUCCUCACUCUGCUGCUGUAGAUGGCCACCAGCUUUCAGCUGGAUGUGGAGCUGCUUGGGGGCUGGGCCUCCUGGGUCCCAGAGGAGGAGAAAGAGGGGAGCAGGGACCCGGAGUCCAGGAUCCAGGGCUGCCUCAGUGACCCGCCGGCUGGCCGGCAGAGCUGAAGGAACCCGGCCCGAGGCCGGGAUGAGGCAGGAGGCAGCGCCCCCUGGCGGGAGAGCGAGGAGGACACUGUUUCUCCAGAGCUGCAGAGAAUUAUCUGGUGGGAGAAAGUCGGAGGGGCCAGGGUGCAGCCCACCAGUCUCUGCUCUUAUACUUUGCAAUAAAUGUUAAA